AGUUCUUAACGAGCAAUUAAUGGCUCGUCCUCUUCUCUCUCUUCUUCCUUUGCUCCUCUUCUCAUCUCCGCCUGCUCUCUGUCAAGUGACCAUAACUCACCUCCCCGGCUUCAAAGGACCUCUCCCCUUCCACCUUGAGACUGGGUAUGUAGGCGUUGAUGAGGUGAGCGGCGUGGAGCUGUUCUAUUACUUCAUACAGUCGGAGAAGAACCCUAAAGAAGACCCACUCAUACUUUGGCACAACGGAGGCCCCGGCUGCUCUGCAUUCAGCGGUCUCGCCUUCGAAAUUGGUCCUCUAAAAUUUGUGACUUCAAAAUAUGAUGGGAGGUUACCAUCUUUGGUAUAUAAUCCUUAUGCAUGGACGAAGGUUGCUAAUGUUAUCUUGGUCGACUCUCCUGUUGGAACUGGAUUCUCAUUUUCGAGAAAUCCUAAAGGCUACGUGGUUGAUGACACGAUUACAUCAAAACAAACCUACGAGUUUCUGAGAAAGUGGCUUGUCGAACAUCCGCAGUUCAUUUCCAAUCAUCUCUAUAUCGCUGGUGAUUCAUUUGGAGGAAAAAUUGUUCCAGUCGUUGCUAACAUGGUUGCGGAAGGUAUUGAAGAUGGCGAUUAUCCGCUCAUGAACCUCAAGGGUUAUUUAGUUGGCAAUCCGAGGACUGGUGAAGCUGUUGAUUUCAAUUCUCGGGUCGAAUUUGCACAUGCAAUGAGCAUUAUUUCAGAUGAACUCUAUGAGAUCAGAGUCGAACUAUACAGAGACUUUAUUUUGGAUCCCAAAUGUCCUAAAGAUUAUCCUCAAAGAAAACAAGCGUUUGGUGGUAGGCAUUUACAGGAGAAGCAUUCAAAGAUCCUCCCACCGCAAGAAGUAUUUCCUGAUUUGAAGUGUAGAACGUAUCCUUAUUUUCUAUCCUACUUUUGGGCAAAUGAUUACAACACCAGAGAGGCCCUCCAUGUCAAGAAGGGAACUGUGAAAGAAUGGGUUAGGUGCAAUUAUAGCCUUGCUUAUACCCAGAACGUCCAAAGCUCAGUAGCAUAUCAUCUCAAUCUGACCAUGAAAGGAUACCGAGCAUUGGUAUACAGUGGCGAUCACGACAUGGCUAUACCAUUUAUGGGUACACAAGCGUGGAUUCGAUCUCUCAACUAUUCUAUUCUCGAUGAUUGGCGCUCUUGGCAUGUGGAUGGCCAAGUUGCUGGAUACACGAGGAAGUACUCUCAUAAUUUGACAUUUGCAACAGUAAAGAAUGCUGGUCACACGGCCCCGGAGUACCAACCCAAGAAUUGCCUGAUUAUGUUUGAUAACUGGAUUUCUUACGGGUCUCUAUGAUAUGCUCCCAAAUGAUAUGGAUGAAGAAAUGUGUAACUGUCGUUUAUAAAUUUAAAUUUCUUCCAUAUGAAAUUUAUGUACUCUUAAUACUCGUGUGGAAACAAAC